UAAGAUUCGUAAGUGUAUUCCAGGAAAUUAGUGAUUAUUUAUUUUAAUUCUUGAAAAGUUAGUAACAUCUAAUAAGAAAUCAUAAAUUCAAACCCUUUUUCGAUUGAUUAAAGGCUACUAAUGCUCCAACUCGUUAUAGGAUGAACCGGUCUUGAUGAUCAUAUGAAGAUGGGCGAAAAGGAUCAGGAUAUAAAAAGCCCAAUGAAAAGAGUGGGAUCUACAAGAAAAAUUGUUAUGUUCAGUAGUAUUCGUCAGCAGCUCAAUGAACAACUACGCUGUCUUGACACCAGGGUAGAGUCACAAAUUGGAUUAAUUCAAGAAAUUCAAGAUUUCUUUCGCCGUCGCGGAGAACUGGAGCUCGAUUACAGUAAAAGCUUGGAGAAGUUUGCACGCGGAUUGCUUUUAAAACACAAGGAACAGAAACAAAAAAGGGAUCAUUGGCCAAUAUUUUCAACGUUUGCUUGUUGGCAACAUUUAGUUAAAGAAACUCAGUCUUUAUCAAAAGAUCAUGCAAUACUGGCCGACCUAUAUUCCAUAAGUAUUGUUGCAAGUUUACAAACUACUAUUGAAGAUGUUCAGAGGAUAUAUAAAAAGGUGAAAUUAAUAGGAUAUGAAAUUCACGAAGAUAUUCAACAUCUCCUUCAAGAACUCCAUACGACAAUGAAAACGUAUCAAAGAUAUGAGAGUGAAUGUAAAUCAGCUAAACUAAAAUUGGUUACUGCAGAAGCCCAGAGGAAAAAAUUGGAGCAGACAAUAUCAAAAGAAAAGCUGGAGCGGAAUAAGAAAUAUAAACUUACCGAAAAAGAAAUUGUCAAGAGAGAUACAAAAUAUAAAGAUGCAAGACUGAAAGCCUUAAAAGCUAAAACUGAAUACCAAUUAUGUUUGGAGGCUUCAAAUACCACGAUACAUAAAUAUUUUGUAGAAGAUUUGUGUGAUCUAAUAGAUUGUAUGGAUCUUGGAUUUGGAUCUAUGAUUUCAAAAGCAAUACUAAUGCAUGUUUCGGCAGACCAGGGUCGAUCAAGAGCAAUUCUUCAGCAAGCAGAUAAUCUCUCACAUUUAAUACACUCAAUCGACUGUCGUGCUGAUAAGCAAAAGUUUUUAGAGCACCAUCAUGCUGCGUUUAUAAUACCUAAACGUUUAGAGUUGCAAUGCCAACAGGAACAGACUGAUAACAUUGAAAUGGAUAUAAAAAAAGAAUUACAUGUAGAUAUGGAACAAAGAUUGGAAACUUUAGGUCAAAGGCUGCGAGAUCUUCGCAUUGAAUGUGACGAAGUUUGGAAGUCACUCGAGACUGCUGAAACGAAACUCUUAGAACAUUAUAAUAACAAGGACAAUGACACCAGCGACAUUUUCACUGAAGGUAAACAAUAUAUACAUAAGACACCUAACAGCAAUAUUACGCCUAAAUUAAAAGCAGAAAAACAGGACAUCGAGGAUUAUUACAUAAUGAAAAUUCGAGAGUAUAUAAAUGGAACUUCACGCAUAGCACGUUUAAGCGCAAAGGCUGAUUUUUUACGAAACGUUUUAGUUAAGGACAAUUCAUGUUGUUUACCUUCUCAUACUAAAGCCAUAGCAUCAACACGGAAACGAAUUGGACGGGUCAAUAUUACUGGCCAACCUAAAUUAUUUGGCGGUUCCUUAGAAGAAUAUUUAGAAUUUACUAACGAGGAAGUACCACUCGUUAUGCGUAGCUGUAUUCGUGUUAUUAAUUUAUAUGGAUUGCACCAUCAAGGUAUAUUUAGAGUUUCAGGUUCCCAAGUGGAAAUUUCCAAUUUCCGAGAAGCAUUUGAAAGGGGUGAAGAUCCACUUGCAGAUACAAAUGACGCAUCGGAUAUUAAUUCCGUUGCUGGGCUUUUAAAGUUAUACUUGCGAGAAUUGAGGGAACCCUUGUUUCCUAUAGUAUAUUUUGAACACUUUGUUUCUAUAGCAGAAAUUCGGUCAAAAGAGGAUAUUAUAACAGCAAUAAGAAAUUUCUUAAGCAAUCUUUCUCCAACAGUUUUAAUUGUUAUUCGUUAUUUAUUCGCAUUUCUAAAUCACUUAUCGGAAUACGCAGAUGAAAAUAUGAUGGAUGCAUUUAAUUUAGCUAUUUGUUUUGGCCCUACUCUCAUGCCUGCGCCUGAAGAUAAAGAUCAAGUGCAAUACCAAAAUCAGAUUAACGAGCUUAUUAAAUGUAUGAUAUUGUACCACGAUGAUAUUUUUCCGCAUGAUUUAGUAGGCUUGGAAUACGAAAAAUAUAUAUCUCACGAACCGUUUAUGGAUAUUUUUGUUGGUGAAUCCCCCGUGGAUAAUGUGACUGAAGACCCCGACUCAGAAAUUUGCCCUUCUGAAGAUGAAUCAGAAACUUUGGAAGCAACUGUUCAAUUUGAUUUCAAAGCACGAUCUAAUCGCGAAUUAUCAAUUCGCAAGGGAGAUAUUGUAAUCUUAAGAAAACAGGUAUCAAAUGAUUGGUGGCAUGGAGCAUUAAAUGGAACAGAGGGUUUGAUACCAGAUAAAUAUAUUUCGCUCAGAAUCAAAGGAGAAGACAGAGACAAAAUCUGUAUUGAACAAUACACUCAUAGGGAUAUUAAUGCUGAGCACGAGCCAACCGUCGAAAGCCAAACUGAAACCACGAAUGAUGAUUCUCACGUAUUUGUCCAGCCUAAUAUUGAGCCCAUUUCAUACAAUUCAAGAACCGAUAAUGAAUUUUACGAAGAUAAUUCUUUGAAUGAGUACGAGAAACAUGCCGAACUACAGAUAGUAAACACAUGUGACAAUUUAGAGCGUCUACCGGGACGGGAGUCAAAUCAAUGUAUUUCCGAUUUCAAUAAAAAGCACAAUAACACUCAUCAAAACAGCAACGAAAUAAUGCAAAGAAUCACAGAUAUAGUAGAUAAUUCAGUCAUUUCGAAAAUACCCUCGGUAAAUGUUAACGUUGACAGUGAUCAAUCAUUGGCGGAUUUGGAAAAUGCUAUUAAAACUGACGAUACAACUGAAGAGGAGUUGAAAAAUUUGAGUGAAUUCCAAAAAAAUAAAUUCUUAUGGGAAGUAAGAUCCCGCGGUACAUCCAAGGAAAGCUGCUACAAUUUGCCAUACGAAAAGAAGCCUAUUGCACCCGAUCUAGUUAUGGAUUUACCAAUCUCAAAAAAUAAAUCUGUUUUUGAGUGUGCUUUUCAAGUGAAUGUAGAGGAUAUCGAUGAAACAACACAUAUGAAGGGAAAUAUGGCGACUUUUAAAAAACCCGAUCAAACGACAAUUCUGAAGAAAAAAAAAUCGAAUGAACAACUCAAAGCAGUCAAUGCUUCUAUAUCCGCAUCAGUUAAUGAAGACCUACAAUCUCAAAGAGAUCUUUUUAUUGUAGAAGGAAAUAAUUUGUAUGCCAAUAUUAAUCCUUCAUCCGCAAAAGCGAGUGGAUUCAUUUUAGAUCGCGAGUUAAAACAAUUCCAAAUGGCGCACAAACACAAUGAUAUAAAAAAUAAUGAAACGAGUUCGAAUGAAAGUAGAGUAGAAUCGAAUAAAAGUAACAAUAUGGAGUAAAAAGCCUUGUUAAUGUAUUCUUCCAGUAAUCAAUAUACAUAUUUUUAUUUAUUUAUUUUUGAACUUAUGUAUAAUAAAAAUACAUUGAUAAAAGUUUCUCCGAUUAUCAAUAAAAAAAUCAUGAAAUAAUAGCAUUACACCAGAAAAAUAUAUAUUUAUACUACGAGUCGGUAUCACGAAGUACAUAGUCCUGGAUGUCAUAAGUAUACUUAUACUUCCUUCGUAAUUCAUUUGAUAGUUUUAUAUUAUUUGCAUUUUUAAUGUAUCUAUCAAUACCUUAUUGAGGUGAAUAAUAAUCAUUUUAAUAUAAAAAAUAUGGAUAUUUUUCUUUUGUGGAUGUGUUUGAUUAGCAACAGAACCUUAUUAAAACCAAAAAAAAAACUUUAAAAUAUAAAAUGCAUAUUAUGUGAAUUAAUAAUUUUUCUUUGAAACUACCCUAUUAUUUAAAAACACAUGAUUAGAUCGUGACGACGAUAUUAAAGAAAUUUCACUACUUACCAACUUUCACUCAAGUAUGUAAAAUGCUGUCUUUUUACAAAAACAGUUGUUCAAUUCAAACCACCAGGCAUGCAAGUAAACAAGGUAAGUGAAUCGUUAGCACCUGAUGAAUUCAUGCGUGAAUAUUUGGCCGUACACAAUGCUAUGGAGUGGAAAUCGUAUUUGUUCAGUUUAGAAAUAUCUUUCAACAAACGCGGUCUCAUUACUGAGAUGAAUCGCAAUUUAAUAAAUAUAAAAUUAAUAUUAUUUGUUCUGGGUGCAAGGCUGGUCAUAUGAGUGUGUUAACACUUUAACAGUAUUUAAUGACUAUAUAGAUCGAAGCACGACCGGAAUAACUUUUCAUCGCCAUAAUAAUGCGAGAUCCCAACUGUCUUUUUUACCUGUUUACUAUCCUAACCAUACUUGGAGGCGGAAGAGGGUGCACUUAUUCCCUUCCAAAAAAUAUCCAUAUCGUACGACCUUAUCGUGGAACCAGAACAACAACAAAAGAAAUCAUUUCAGAUAUUUUCCGCUACGCAAUUGGCCAAGGACAAAGAAUAUUAAAUGGUCAAACUACAUAUUGUCAUACAAAAAUUUAAACCAAUUAUUAAAAACAACGCCCAGGACAAAUUAUUACAUGUUAGCUGAAGAAAAUAUGAAUGUUAAUUUGCAUAAUCGCGAGCAAUAUUUUAGUAGACCAAUUUUGUCUACGAUAUCACCACUCCAAAAUAAUUGUGUAAAUACAUAUAAUUUGAAUACCUCUCACUCAAAUAUAUGCACCGAAAAAUUGUCUACUGUUCCAAAUACCGGCUCAGGGAUUUAUUUAAAUAAAUCCGAAUACAUUUCUAAUAUUUCCAAAUUUGAGACUACCACACGGACUCCAUAUUGGCAAAAUUUUGGACCAAGUACAGGGAAUACGUAUAUGUAUAAUAUUUUCCACGCUACUACGGUGCCGAAUUUGAUAAAUACAUCUCACAUCUACUUCACUAUAGGGGAUGCUAUUACUACACCACGGACGAUAUAUAAUUCACAAUUUCAGCUAUUUAAAAAACUAAAAUCUCAAAAUAAUGGAAAUCAAUCGAUCAUAAAUUACCAGAUGCACCGACUUCAUACUACAACCCCAGUAAUAUGGACAAUGGCUUCAAAUCCCAUUUCACUUUCUCAAUUUUCAAACAAUACUGCCGAAUAUUCUAACAGCGGUAGUGAGACGAAAAAGAAAUCUAUACACUUAUAUACAUAUGAUAAUUCAAGUACUGAUAGUACAAAAGCUUACAUGGUUAGCGACCAAUCAAUGAACAAUAACUGUUCUAAUCCGUUAUUAGAAAUAAAUAAGUAUUGUACAUAUAGAGAUAAACAUAGUAUAAAAGAACUUAUUUCGAAAAUAUCGCUGCAGACUACCAGAGACACUAUUGUAUCUAAUCCGAUUAAAACAACUAUGGAUUCGGGAACUACUUCUACGCCUAUUAGCGAAUUACCAUAUUUAGACAAUACUUCAUCAACCGCUAUUUCGAAUGCUGUGGAAAUUUCAAAUUAUUCCAGUGAAAAACCGCCAAUUCUUGACAACACAAGUUAUUAUCCUCCGAUAUAUAGAAGAGGAAAAAUUGUUCAAAUUAAUAAAAGAUUACUUUAUAAAGAAAGUUUUAAAAAUAAGAGUCGUAAUUUCAAAACAACUUCUUCGCCGAUAUCCAUUCGACUUUCAAAACCAAAAAGCAGAGAGAAGGGAAAAUAUACUUCUUCCACACUUUUACCAUCCUCACAAACAACGCCAUCAACGCAAAUUAAAGAACAAGAAUUAUUACAAGUUACUGUUAGUAACAAUAACGUUAAAAAAACAAAGAAUAGGUUUCAAAAUAGAAACCGCUUCCGAUGGACUCCUUCGUAUGAGAAAAGGAUAGGUAAAGUAAAUAAUAACGCCUCCACUAGUUCCACAAUUGCAACACUACUUAGUUCAUCAACCCAAGUUGUACCUCAAAGAAAUAGGAAAACAAAUAACUUUACUAGAUCGAAACUAAGCAGACACAAUAAGUUAACCAAUAUAGCGCAAAUGAAUACAACGAGAAGUGCUAUAGACCUUCACUGGCAGUCAACUACUCCAUUGGCUAGCAGCACACCGGAAUCCGCUAUAAUGAGGAUAUCAAAUAUAAGUAGCGCUAACAUGUUUCUGGCAAAAAAUAAUAUCACAAAUCCAUUGGACAAUUUACCAAAUGCAAGUAAUGUAUUUAUUGCAGAGUUACCAAUAGUUACAUACUUCAAAGAAGUUACAGAAUCUCGUAAGGUAUAAAAAUAACCAUUAACAAUAUACGUGUGUAUGUAUAUAUUUAAAUAUAUUUAUUGUGAAAAAUAA